AUGGCUUGGAAUCGAUUGAGGAUUAGGGACGGCAGUGGCUUCAUCCCAACACCAUCGCCAUGGAUUUGCAGUGUUUAUUUUCGUUUUCAUUUUAUCUUUUUUCCUGAUUUGAAUGUGAUGCGAAGAGGGUCCCACGAGAGAGCUAUUGACGGACUACGAAAACCUCGCGUGUUCGGUGACUCGCGGAUGAAGAUUCUCGGCGAUGGCUGCGUGUGUCAUUCUCCUACUGGUACACAAGGGAUGAGUUUUGUGGUCAGUGUACUCAUCAAGGGCUUGUGGCCGGAAAAACCCGUGCCUUGGAACAUGGCCUUUGUCGCACAAGAAGCAGACGCACCUAUCUUGGCUGAGGGCUGCAAAAUCACCCGGGGACGAAGCCCCAUCACGGCCGUCCUCAAUCGUAUUGUAAUCGUUCAUAAACGGCGUCGCCCGGCCGUCGAUCCGAUUCGCCGUCGAAUAGAACAUCCGAGAAGCCUGAUUUCCCAAUUUGUCCUCAAAAAAGUUGAAGUGCAAAUUCUCGUUCACGACGUCCCAGUGGAUGAGCUACCCCCUUAUAUGUCCCUGAAUUGUUAUUGCUUGAAAAAAAAAGAGGUCAACGCCCUCUGUGGCCGAGGCAUAUGUGUGGACUGA